AUGAUUGACUCUGGUGUCGCGGAAGAUGACCCUGUUUCCUCUCUCAGUCUCUCUGAUUUGUCCAGCUCUUCUUCUGUCUCUGACAGGGUUUGUGUUCCCUGGGGCUGUGAGCUGAAUGGUAGUCAGAGGACAGUUUUGUUUGAUGUCGAGGACUAUCUUCUGGAGAAUCAGUUCUUUAUCAAAACGAUCUGUCUGAGCUCAGAGGCUGUGGAUGAGAUGCAUGUGGUCGGAGUGUGUGAUGGCGUGGGAGGGGCCAAGGCUGUGCCAGUCGCCGCUCUGCAUCACUCAAUGCCUAUGAUUAGUUUCCCUGGAUUCGAGCUUAUUCCCCCCGUCACUUUCAAACUGUGCUCAGGCCACGGUCCUGUUUUCAUCUUUGGUCAACACGUCACACUGGUUCCUGAGGAGAUAGCAAGAGAGGAGGAAGAAGAGGAAUUAUGA